AGAUAAAAUAAAUGUAACAGGAAAGCAUAUAUAAUUUGAUUCCUAAAGAGUAUGUACCACCACCCAAAGAACCAAUGUAUAGAUCAGCAUAUCCUAAUGGUUUGGUACCUACUGCCAGCACAUUUAAUAAUCAUACAACAAGUCGACCUUAAGUUACAAUACAUUAUUAUUUAGGUCAACAAUAUAAAUGGUGAUUUCCAAUUAGCAAAAGGACCUCAUACUCAUAAAGGAUAAUCUAAUUCUCUUGGAAAACCUAAAGGUAAUUUAUGAGAUUUAAUAAGGUUCAUACAAACCUGAUGCUACCAUGUUUAGAAUGAAGAAUACUGGAACUAUGGGAUCUAAUUAAUUGCCUGAAAGUAAUCAUAUCUUUCUUAAGUGUAGUUUAAUAAUUCAAAUAUCCAUAAUCAUGCAAAGCAGCAGUUCCAAAAAAAGAUGAAAAACCAAUACAUGGACUUAAAUCUAAUAAGAAUUUUAUUGUUACAAAUGCAGUUGAAAAUAUUCUUUCAGCUCCAAAAUAAAUUACAGAAGAGAAAGAAUGGACUCAAAAAAAAGAUUAUGGAAAAGUACCAGAUUAUUUAACAAAAAUCUAAAGUAGCAUCAAUAAUGAAUAUGAAAUCAUCAGAAAUAUGCACUUGAGUGAAGCUGAAGAUAGAGAUAAAUAAAAAUAUUUGAUGACGUCUGAAGAAGUUGAACAUUUGAAAUUAGGUUUGAAAAAAAAAUGGGAAUCUGUAAAUAAAGAAUAUUAAUCAAUUACACAUAUUAGAAUGAUUGACACUGUUGGAUUAAAAAGAAAGUAUAUUAUUAAUUCUAUUUAAGGAAAGAAUAGUGUGAAAAGGAAUUGGCCUUAUUGGAAAAGGAUAUAGAAAAAUUAAAUAAAAACUAUGUUUUCAUAGACACAUAGAAAUGAUUAUUUUUUUAUAUAAAGAGAAAAAUAGGAAGAC